AUAAAAGGGAACAACCAUUUCAAAUCUUCAUUAUAUCAGAGAGUGAAAGAGUAAAAAAAGAAAACAGAGAAGACUAAGAAAGAAUGGCAGAAUUGUUCAUUAAGCAAGCACAACAAUAUUCAGAGGGCAGGCCAAGUUACCCAGAAGAAUUGUUCAAUUUCAUUGCUUCAAAGACACCUUGUCAUGACCUUGUUUGGGAUGUUGGUACUGGUAGUGGCCAGGCUGCUAAAUCUUUGGCUAAGAUCUACAAGAACGUAAUAGCCACAGACACAAGCCCAAAGCAGCUGGAAUUUGCGGCAAAGGUUCCAAAUGUUCGAUACAUAUGUACCUCUCCUAACAUGUCAAUGUCCGAAAUCGAAACCAAAAUAGGAGCAGAGUCAAGUGUAGAUUUGGUCACAAUUGCUCAAGCAAUGCAUUGGUUCGAUCUCCCAACUUUUUAUCAACAAGCAAACUGGUUACUCAAGAAACCAAAUGGAGUACUAGCAGCAUGGUGCUACACUGUGCCAGAAGUUAACAGCUCAGUUGAUGCAAUUUUUGAGAAAUUUUACACAGUUGAUGCUGAACCUUAUUGGGAAUCUCCAAGAAAAUUGGUUGAUGAAAAGUACAAAACUAUUGAUUUCCCAUUUGAGCCUGUAGAUGGCUGUGAUCAUAAUGGACCAUUUGAGUUCAAGAUUGAGAAAAUGAUGGACUUGGAUUCUUAUUUCAUAUACUUGAGGUCAUGGUCAGCUUAUCAAACUGCAAAAGAAAAGGGUGUUGAGCUGUUAACUGAUGAUGUUGUUGACAAAUUCACAAGUGCUUGGAAUGAAGAUGGGAAAAGCCAGAAAACUGUGACUUACCCAAUUUACUUGAGGAUUGGAAAAGUUGGAAAUUUAUACUGAAGUUGUUGCCAUAAGCACACAAGAGACAUGAAAUAAAUGAAUAUAGCAUUGUUUUUUAGCUAUAGUUCUUCUUCUUUAGAUGAAGAAUUAAUAGAAUAGUUGUAACAAACAUGAUGUGAAGUAUCUACUAAAUCAACCACACCUUACUCCUAAAGUAGAACCUUUGCAAGAGAUGCAGGCUUUACGCCAGUGUAUACUUUUCUAAAUAUCUGCUUAAACGGCGAUACGGGAUGGAGUCGAAAGGCCUCUUUUAUGCAAACUUUCAAAUAAUUUAGCCUUGGCAA